AUGGCGACAAAAGUGCAGAGCUUUGCUUUCGUGCCCGUCAGCAGGUCCGGCAAGACGAGGGCCCGGGAUCGUAAACUCGUUCGAAGUCAUUGCAUGCAGGGCAGGAAUCAGAGGAUCGGUCUUAAACCCUUACCACCAACCUCAGAGGUUUCGCAGAGACGCCAUGACAGUGCAGAUGACAGUCAUCCCUCCCCUGAGUCAUUCUCACUGUCACCCGAUCAGUUCCGAGGGGGUACCGGUCCAACCAAAGUUCGCAAUACAUUGAAGUGGACAGAGCCGAUAUGCUCGGUCCCCCCACCGUGUCCUCCCGAUCUUGCGCUCGUGCGGUUCGCGUGUGAUGUUGACAGGGACUCGCAAGAGCUUAUCUUCAACUCUGUGACUCAGGGGAAGGAGUCGAUGUACCCAUUGGGGCUUGCCGUCGACUUUGAUCUCAGCAGGAGUCUCUGGUUCCAGUGGCUCUUCUGGGACCCUGCUUAUCUGUAUUGCGUUCUCUAUGGCGCCUCGGCCGCGCGCGACUACAUACGGAGGAGGCCAUCGAGACUGACCCAUUCGCAUCUUAACAGCACAGUCACAUAUCUGAACCGUCACCUCUCCGAUAGGUCUCUAGCAACACGAGAUUCCACCGUUGCGGUCAUCAUAACGCUUGCGAUGAUAGCUGGCAUGAUUGGCGACCAGUGCACCAUCAUGGCUCACGUGGCUGGUCUCAGAUCGAUAGUACGAGAACGCGGCGGGCUGGAUGCCUUCCGACACGACCCCAAACUGCACAUCAAGAUCGGACGAAUCGAGCUGGCGUAUUCUCUCGCCACCGGGGAGACGACCCCUUUUUUCAACGACCCUGUAUCGCUCGCUCCCAUCUUCAAGCUGCCCGGCCUCCCAAGCACCUCGUCGUGCGGCUUACACGAUCUGGAGAUGUAUGGCCUGAAGGACCAUCGCAUCGCCGCCAUUUUCCGAGAUCUGCAGCACUACACGGACCUCAUCAACCGAGCAAGCACGGCAGAAGAUAGGCGGCCAGCCGCCGAGUUCCAGAACGUGCUCUGCUCUGUGCAGUACCGCCUGGUGCAGCUCCGGGGAAGCCUCGGGGACAUCCCGGCCGAGUGCCUGCGCCUGGCGAUGCUGGCCUUCCUGACGACGACGUUCCGGGUCCCGGGGCAGUCGUCUCGGUAUCCGCACCUCGCGGGACGCUUCCGGGAGUGCUGUCUCGCGCUGGAGGUGGCGACGCCGCAGCUCCGAGACCUGACGCUGUGGUUCCUGAUCGUGGGGGCCAUGGCCCUCUACGACGGCGGCGAGGAGGAGGAGGAGGAGGAGCAGGAGUGGCUGCGUAGGCGCUGGUCGGGUUGCGUACCAGAUGAUAUGACAUGGUCGCGGGCGAGGGUCCGCCUUAAGAACAUCAUGUGGAUCGAUGCGAUUCACGACUGGUCGGGCGAGCGGGCGUUUAUGGCCUUGAGUCAGACCGUCGCACGGUGA